AUGAGUGGUGGUAUUGCAGUACUUUGGAAGAAUAGUAGCAAGUGUAGUGUUCUUAACUUUAACAGAAACUUCAUAAAUAUUUUGGUGCAAGACGGAGUGAAAGGGGAUUGGCGUCUUACGUGUUACUACGGGUAUCCUGAACGGGCAAGACGAAGGCAAGCUUGGGCUUUGCUUCGUGAGCUUCAUGUUAUGUCGACGCUCCCGUGGUGUAUUAUCGGUGAUUUUAAUGAUCUUCUCUCUCAGAAUGAUAAACGUGGCCUGCACCCCCAUCCCGAUUGGUUGUGUUCAGGUUUUCAAGAAGUUAUUAGUGAUUGUAAUCUCACGGAUAUCCCUCUCGUAGGUUACCCGUUUACAUGGACAAAGAGUAGAGGUGCACCGCACAUGAUCGAGGAGAGGUUGGAUAUGGCCCUGGGUUCUGUGAGUUGGCUGCAGUUCUUUCCUGAUGCUAAGCUUACUAACCUUGUAGCUUCUCACUCGGACCAUAGCCCGAUCCUGUUGAGUUGUGAACCCGUACAGCAGAGGCGUCGCAGAAGAAAGUUUAGGUUUGAAAAUUGGUGGUUAGAUGAGGAGGGUCUCCUUGAUGUUGUGAAGGAGAGUUGGCUGGCAGAAACUCACAAUUCUGUCGUGGAAAAAAUUUCAAGGUGUGCUCUAUAUUUAGAACAGUGGCAGAAGGUUCAGGUUCAGAAGAACAAUGAGGAGAAAGAUAUUCUUCGCGCUAAACUGGACAUGUAUAGGGGUAGCAUGGAUCCGAUUAAUGCUGAUCAAUAUAUGGUGGCGCAUCUAGAUUAUAACAAGGUUCUUAUUCGUGAGGAUACUUAUUGGAAACAAAGGGCCAAGACGCAUUGGUUUCGGGACGGUGAUCGAAACACUAAGUUUUUCCAUCGUACUGCCUCCGUUCGUCGAAACUCCCAGCAGAUUAGUAUGUUAUUGAAUGAUGAGCAUGUUGAGAUUCGGGAUCAAGAAGGGUUGUGUGGGGUUGCAAAAAAUUACUUUGAGGAAUUGUUCAAAGAGAAGGCAGGAACGUAUGAGCCGGUGUUGGCACUGAUUCAUCCUCUUAUUUCUAGUACUGAUAAUGAAUCUCUCACUGCACCUUUAUCUAAGGAUGAAUUAUAUAUGGCUUUAUCUCAGAUGCAUCCCAACAAGUCUCCGGGCCCUGAUGGGUUUAACCCGGCGUUUUAUCAGAACUUCUGGGACAUAUGUGGUGAUGACAUUUUUACAGAAGCUAAUCUAUGGCUCGAUAGAGGUUUUUUCCCGUCUGAUAUUACUCAUACUAAUAUUUGUCUGAUUCCGAAAAACGGGAAUCCCUCUAGUAUGACAGAUUUGCGCCCGAUCUCGUUAUGCAAUGUGGUGUAUAAAAUCCUCUCUAAACUCCUCGCCAAUAGAUUAAAAAAGUGUUUGGAUAAGUGUAUUAGGGAGGAGCAGUCAGCUUUUGUGGAGGGAAGAUCGAUCCUUGAUAAUGCCAUGAUUGCCUUUGAAGUUAUUCACGCUCUUAAGAGAAGGACCUCGGGGAACAAUGCCCAGCUGGCUCUUAAGAUUGAUAUUAGUAAGGCGUAUGAUCGAGUGGAUUGGGGCUUCUUGAGGGGUAUGUUGUAUCGGUUGGGUUUUGCAGAGAGGGCAAAUCUUACGGAGGUACAUAACAUUAUGGAGAUCCUUAAUUUGUAUGCUGAUGCUGCAGGCCAAGAUAUUAAUUUGUCCAAAUCUGAGGUGUUCUUUAGCAGGAAUAUCAGUAUUUCUGCUCAGAAGGAUCUGGCUAACAUCAUGGGAGUUCAUCAUGUCCUUGGUACAGGAACCUAUCUGGGUCUCCCUUCCCUUAUUGGUCGCAGUAAGAAGGUCAUUUUUGGGUAUGUGAAGGACAAAAUUUGGAAGAAGAUCAAUUCUUGGAGGGGCAGGCCGGUUUCUAAAGCAGGAAAGGAAGUGAUGAUAAAGUCAGUGUUGCAGUCUAUUCCAUCUUAUGUCAUGAGUCUGUUCGUUCUUCCUGAUGGCAUUAUCCAAGAUAUUGAAAUAAUGCUUAAUGCUUUCUGGUGGGGAGGUAGUAGUAACCAAAGUUGUAUUAAGUGGAUGGCGUGGGAUAAGUUCACAGGUCCUAAGAAUGAGGGGGGGCUUGGUUUCCGAGACCUAAAGUCGUUUAACCUGGCCAUGGUAGCUAAGAGAGGGUGGAAUUUGUUGUCUAAGCCGCAUUCUCUUGUGGCUAGAAUUUAUACAGCAAGGUAUUUUCCUCGUUCUUCUUUCUUUGAGGCUAACUUGGGAAAUAAUCCUAGUUUUGUUUGGCGUAGCAUUUGGCAGGCUAGGAGAGUUCUAUCUCUUGGGUGUAGAUGGAGUAUUGGUGAUGGGAGGCAUAUUCUAGUGAUGGGUGCUCCUUGGCUUCGCGGCUGUUCCGAGGGUAUGUUGAAUGGGCCUCAACGUCAAGAGUGGAAUGUCCCGUUAAUUAGGGAGUUGUUUGAUUAUGAUGUCGGGAAUGCUAUUCUCCAAGUUCCUUUAAUUGAUGAUGUGAUUGAAGAUAAGUGGAAUUGGAAAGAGGAACAAAAUGGUUGUUAUAGUGUUCGGACAGGGUACAGGUUAUGGAGAAAGGAGGUGGGGUCGCCUUUUAAGAGAGUGGUUGGAGAUUGGAGUAGCCUUUGGAAUAUUAAGGCUCCACCUAGAGUGAAGCAUCUUCUCUGGAGGAUUUGUAGGGAUUGUCUUCCCACUAGAGUUAGGUUGCAAAAUCAUCAUGUGCCUUGCACGUCUAUUUGUCCGUUUUGUGAGUUACAUAUGGAGGACUCGUGGCACGUGUUCUUCGGUUGUGUUGUUACGAAUAGGUGCUGGCAAAGUGCAGGUUUGGCUCAUGUCGUGGAUCCUCGUAAGCAUCACUUUCAUGAUGCUACAUCUUUGAUUUUGAUAUUUGCCGGAAGGAAGAUCCUAUGGUGGCGGGGAGAGUUGCGGUUAUGA